UAUCUACAGGAAGGUAACAUGACGUCUAUGGAGAAUAUAAUCUAGUAAUGCUAUUUUACUAAGAGUAAUUUUUAUACUAAUGCUGUCCUCAAUUUUUGCAAGUUAUUUGAGAUAAUAUUGUUACUCACUAGAGAUCAGAUGGAAUAGGCUUUGCAAGCGAACUUAUAUUUCAAGAAAGUGAAGAAUACUCUUGAUGAUGGUUUAUUACGCAUUUCAACCAUUCAAGCAAGCACUGGCUUUGGUUUUCCUCUUCUUAUCUGUUUUUCCUUUGCCUGGGUUGCUUGACUCCAUGGUUGGACAUCUUCAGCCAUUUGGUUCACAUUGGCCACCCGAUGUUGCAACACAAGAACUUGAUACUGUGCCACAUCCAAGAGAGUUUUGGGAGAACUUUGUCAAACCCAGAAAAGCAGUUGUUUUCCGUGGUGCAGCCAAAAACUCAAGGGCAUUCCAUUUAUGGACAGAGGAGUACCUAAUAUCAGAGUAUGGAAACCUUACUGUAAGACUAGAAGCUAGAGCCGAAGAAAAUUCAAAAGUACCAGUAGGUGGACAAGGAAUUCUGGGAAGGGAUACUGUAGAGCAUUUCAUAACAAACUAUCAAACAAUGGAUGCAUAUGUGAUCUCACAGAUUCCUCAGCCAAUGGAGGGAGACAUUGCAAUACCACCCUGCCUGAGGUGUGGCUCUUUUGCUGAAAGCAUUCAAGAAGUCCAUCUUUUCCUUUCUGCUGGUGGAGGCAAGACAAAAAUUCAUCGUGAUCCAUACAGCACUAUUCAUUGUGUAUUCAAUGGCACCAAAGACUGGUUGAUGAUUGAUAGAAGUCAGACAGACUUGCUUUACAUGUCUGAGGACUCAAGAUUUGAAUUGGGAGGUUAUUCAUAUAUUGAUGUGGAUGCUGUUGACCUCAUGAAGUAUCCAAAAAUAAAAGAUGUUAGGUAUUCUAAAGUUACAAUGGAAGCAGGAGAUUGCAUAUUUGUUCCUGGGGGUCUAUGGCAUCAGGUCAGGUCUAGAGGAUACAUGAACACUGCAGUUUCAAUAUGGUUCUCGCGGAUUUACCAAUUCAGUGAUAAGGGCUGUGAUGAAGCUCAAAUUGAAUUCACUUUCAUGAAUGAGGUGCCAGUUCUGUGGCGGUUUUCUGGUCAUGGCACAUUAACACAAGGACACAUGGAUAUCUAUUUUAUAAAGUGGUUACUGCUUACAUCAAGUGAUAAGGAAGGAAAAAUCAACAUCAAAGCAUUCACUGAUCAUUACUUUGUGAGCAAUCUUGAGGAAGAAUCAAAGAAGGAGUUAAUGGCUAAUGAUGUAACAACAAGGGCAAAAAAAUUCUCCGAAUACAUUGACCCUCAAAAUGUUGGGUUUAUUACAAAAGAGGAAGUGGAGAAUUUUUCAAUUGAUAAAUUGAAAGAAAUUGUUCUUUUCUUUGAUCCAUGCGACGUCAGCAACACUGAAGACUUCGAGUACAGCCAUAUUGAUGCUGAACAGAUCAUGUACUUAAUUUCACAGUGCAAGGAUAGCAGUGGACAUUUUGAUAGCAGUAAAUUUAUCAAGAGUUAUGUUGAGGAACUUGGUGGAUCUCCAGCAAAGGCAAAUAAGAUUGUUGAAGACCUGGAUCUAAAUGAAGUAGCAACAAUAAAAGAAGUUGAGAGGAAGGCUCCACAGGCUCUGAAAAAAUACCUUAAUUCUCAUGUUCAUGAUCCAUCAUUUGAAAACAAGAUGAUCAAGCAAUUGAUGAAACAUGAAGAAUUAUAGGAAAAUUACAUGAUCUUUAGCAGUUUAGUAAAGAGUGGCUAAUGAUGCUAUGGUAGAAGGUCGGAGGCUUGUUGUAACUUGGAAGGGCCUACUAAUAUCCCAUAUUUAUAAGAAUGAUGACAAUUCAGUACAAAGAGACUGCUUUGCUGAAAUUGUCAAUUGCAAAGUUGCAUAAAUAAAACAGGACUUCACUGCUACAAUAUAA